UCAGACUGGAGAUCAGGAUUCUCCUCAAGCAGUAGAUGAUGAACUACAGAGAGUCAAAGACCAGCUCAAAACCAGCAUGAAGAACAAGUAUGAGAGAUUAUUUGAGGGUCUGAAACUCCAGGAGAAUGAAACCCUCCUGAACAGGAUCUACACACAGCUCUACAUCAUAGAGGGAGAGAGAGAAGGAGUGAAUGAACAACAUGAGGUUUUCCAGAUGGAGAAAACAGCCAGAACACAUCACUCACAAGACACUCCAAUCUACUGCAAUGACAUCUUUAAAGCCUCACCUGAACCAGGAUGUGAGGAGAAACACCAGAUCAAGACUGUUCUUACUAAAGGCAUCGCUGGAAUCGGAAAAACCGUCUCUGUGCAGAAGUUCAUUCUGGACUGGGCCGAGGGAAAAGACAAUCAUGAUGUAGAUUUCAUGUUUGUGCUUCCAUAUCGGGAGCUGAACUUGAUCCGAGAUCAUCAGUACAGUCUUCACAAACUUCUGCUGGACUUUCAUCCUGAACUCCAAGAUCUGGACUCAAAGAUUUAUGAGGAGAGUAAAGUUGUGUUCAUCUUUGAUGGUCUGGAUGAAAGCAGAAUCACACUGAUGUUUUCAGAUGCUCAGAAAGUUUCUGAUGUGACUGAGACUUCAUCAGUGGGUGUGUUGAUGUCAAAGCUCAUGACAGGAGAGCUGCUUCCCUCUGCUCUCAUCUGGAUCACCUCCAGACCAGCAGCAGCCAAUCAGAUCCCCUCCAAAUACAUCAACCGUCUGACAGAGAUUCAGGGAUUCAAUGAGCCUCAGAAGGAGGAAUAUUUCAGGAAGAGAAUCAGUGACGAGCAUCAAGCCAGCAGAAUCAUCUCACACAUCAGAAGAGCAAGAAGCCUCCACAUCAUGUGCCACAUACCCGUCUUCUGCUGGAUAUCAUCCACUGUGCUUCAAAAGCUUCUGAAAGAAGAUCUGAGUGCAGAAAUCCCUCAAACUCUGACUGAAAUGUACAUCCACUUCCUGCUGAUGCAGAUCAACAUGAGGAAUCAGAAGUAUGAAGAGAAAGAUCCAGAGAAACUGCUGCAGUCCAACAGAGAAGUGAUUGUGAAACUUGCUGAAGUGGCUUUCAAACAGCUGAUGAAGGGCAAUGUGAUGUUCUAUGAGGAGGACCUGAGAGAGAGCGGCAUAGACGUCACUGACGCUUCAGUGUAUUCUGGGAUUUGCACUGAGAUCUUUAAGGAGGAAUCUGUGAUUCAUCAGAGGAAAGUCUACAGCUUCAUUCAUCUGAGCUUUCAGGAGUUUCUCGCUGCUUUCUAUCUGUUUUAUUUACAUGUGGUCAAGAACAAGGAACCACUGUAUGAAUACAGUUUUUACAGAUCUGAUAAAGACUCUCUGAAUGACCUACUAAGAUCAGCAGUAGAUAAAGCCCUUGAGAGUGAGAAUGGACAGCUGGAUCUGUUCCUGCGGUUCCUGCUGGGCAUCUCACUGGAGUCCAAUCAGAGACUCUUACAGGAUCUACUGACACACACAGAGAACAGCUCAGAGACCAUCAGAGAAACCACACAGUACAUUCAACAGAAGAUCAAGGAUGGACAUAAUCUCUCCGCUGAAAGAUCCAUCAAUCUGUUCCUCUGUCUGCUGGAGGUCAAAGAUCAGUCUCUGUCCAGAGAGAUUCAGGAGUUUGUGAAAUCAGACAAACAGUCAAAAGAGAAACUCUCUAUUGCUCAGUGCUCAACAAUUGCCUACAUGAUUCAGAUCUCAGAGGAGGUGCUGGAUGAGCUGAACCUCAUGAAAUACAACACAUCAGCUGAGGGGAGAAGAAGACUGAUACCAGCUGUGAUCAACUGCAGAAAAGCUCUGUGA